GGAAAUAGCAUUUCUCCAUGGAGGAGUGGGAGUAUGUAGAAGGACACAAGGAUCAGUACAAGGAUCAGGUGAUGAUGGAGGAUCAGCAGCCCCUCACAUCAGCAGUCAGAUCCAGUAAGAGAACAGCAGCAGAGAGGUGUCCCCGUCCUCUUCUUCCACAGGAUCAGGAUCAGCUUACUAAUCAGAGGAAACAUCGGAACUAUAUUAAUGCUCCAGACAUAAAGGUAAAAAAAGAAGAAGAAGAGACAGAUGUGAGAGGUGGUGAGCAGUAUAAGGAAGACAUUUCUACAGGGAAAGAUCUGAUCUAUAUUGAUGCUACAGACAUGAAGGAAGAAGAAGAGACAGAUGUGAGCGGUGAUGAGCAGUAUAAGAAGAACAUUUCUACAGGGAAAGAUAUGAUCUGUAUCAAUGCUACAAAUAUAAGGUUAAAAGAAGAGACAGAUGUGAGCGGUGAUGAGCAGUAUAAAGAGGACAUUCCUACAGGGAAAGAUCUGAUCUAUAUUAAUGCUAUAAACAUAAAGGUAAAAGAAGAAGAGACAGAUGUGAGCAGCGAUGAGCAGUAUAAGGAGGACACUCCUACAGGUAACCGCCAAGAUGACUGUACCAGGAGAUCAGAGGGACAUCUUAUAUCUUCAUAUUAUAAAGCAGAUGAUGAUAUCACACAAGAUACAUAUGAAGAACAUUCCAUUAUCCCAGAUAUACCCUCAGCCCUUCACAGCCAAGAUCUGUCAUCUGACCAUCUUAAACAGGACCUAUCUUCUGAUUCACCACAGUCUGUUAAGCAAACUAGAAGUCACAAAAGGGAUAAACAUCAAAAAGCUCACACAGAGAAAAAAACAUUUUCAUGUUCCGAAUGUAGAAAAUAUUUUACCAAGAAAUCAUAUCUUAAACGACAUGAGAGAAUUCACACAGGGGGGAAGCCAUUUUCAUGCUCACAGUGUGGGAAAUGUUUUAAUCGGAAAUCAAAUCUUGUUGAACAUCGAAAAAUUCACACAGGUGAAAAGCCGUUUUCAUGCCAAGAAUGUGGGAAAUGUUUUUCGGUGAAAUCAAAACUUGUUACACAUUGGAGAAUUCACACAGGGGAGAAGCCAUUUUCAUGCCCACAAUGUGGAAAAUGUUUUAAUCGGAAAUCAAAUCUUGUUGAACAUCAGAAAAUUCACACAGGGGAGAAGCCAUUUUCAUGCCAAGAAUGUGGGAAAUGUUUUACUAUGAAAUCAAAGCUUGUUCUACAUCAGAGAACUCACACAGGGGAGAAGCCAUUUUCCUGUUCAAAAUGUGGAAAAUGUUUUACUUGGAAAUCACAAUUUGUUAAACAUCAAAAAAUUCACAUGGGGGAGAAGCCAUUUUCAUGUUCAGAAUGUGGCAAAUGCUUUUCUAUGAAAAUCAUACUUAUUAACCAUCAAAAAUCCCACAUGGGGGAGAAGCCCUAUUCAUGUCCAGAAUGUGGGAAAUGUUGUAGUCAGAAAUCAGAUCUUGAUGAACAUCGGAGAACUCACAUAGGGGAGAAGCCAUUUUCAUGUCCACAAUGUGAAAAACAUUUCACUCUGAAAUCAACUCUUGUUAUGCAUCAAAGAAUUCACACAGGGGAGAAACCGUUUUCAUGCCCUCAAUGUGGAAAAUGUUUUACUCAGAAAUCAACGCUUGUUAAACAUCAAAAUAUUCACACAGGGGAGAAACCAUUUUCAUGCCCAGAAUGUGGAAGAUGUUUUACUCAGAAAUCAACUCUUGUUAAACAUCAGAAAAUUCACACAGGGGAGAAGACGUUUCCAUGUAUUGUAUGUGGAAAGUCUUUUAACCGAAAGUCAGCUCUGAUUCCACAUGAAAAAACUCACACAAGAAAAACAUUUUCCUGUCCAGAAUGUGGGAGGUGUUUUACUCGGAAAUCUGAUUAUGAUGACCAUGAAAGAACUCACACAGGUGAGAAGCCAUUUUCAUGCCCAGAAUGUGAAAAGUGUUUUACUUCCAAGAAAAUACUUAUUACUCAUCAGAAAACCCAUUCAGGGGAAAAAACCUAUUUAUGUCCAGAGUGUGGGAAAUGUUUUACUCGGAAAACCGAUCUUGUCGAACAUCAAAGGACCCACACAGGGGAGAAGCCAUUUUCAUGUUUAGACUGUGGAAAAUGUUUUGCUGUUAAAUCAACUCUUGUUAAACAUCAGAGAACUCACACAGGGGAGAAGCCUUUUUCUUGUCCUGAGUGUGGGAAAUGUUUUACUCAGAAAAUACAACUUGUUAAACAUAAUAGAGUUCACACAGGGGAAAAGCCGUUUUCAUGCUCGGAAUGUGGGAAAUGUUUUUCUCAGAAAUCACAUGUUGUUAAACAUCAGAAAAUUCACAGAGAAAGAAGCCUUAUUCCUGAACCGUAUGUGGAAAAUCUUUUAACCAAAAGUCAACUCUAAGGCAAGUUUAAGACUAUGGAAUCUCCAGACGGAAAAUUUCUGUCUAGAGAUUCCGAGUGCAUCAGUCUGCUCUAGGACCGCGCAGACAUUGCAGACCCCAAUAGACUGCAAUGUGUUCCACGAGUAUUUCCGCCUGAAGAAUGAGCAACGCCAUUCUUCAGGCGGAAAUUUGAAAGCAAAUUUUCUGUUGACAAAUUCCGCUUUAAAAAUUACUAAGUGUGAAUUGGUGAAUGGAAUAUCCAUUCACUAGCAUCAUACGUUUUAGUAAGCAGAAUUUCUGGGCUCUCCCCAUGCAGGAGGCGUUUUGACUGCGAGAUGACGCCAUGACCGACACGCACCCUCCAUGUAUCUCUAUGGGAGAGGCAGAGAUGCAGCAUUCGUGCAUCCCCUAAAGCUUAAUGGAGGGGGCGUGUCUUCACACAAGCAUUAGCCGCGCAGAGUCGUGGCAGUUCGAGUCCCCGUACAGGAGAUCGCAGGGGUCCCAGCGGUUGGACUACCCGGCGGAUAGGGGAUAAGUUGUCUAAGGCUGCAAGAGUCACAAGAGAAAGGGAAAGUAAUAUAGAACAAUCCAUUAUGAUUUCAAUAUGUCUCCGGCUGCCAAUAAUUGUAAUCUAAACUGCACAUAGAAUUCAGAUAACGCACCAAGACGUCAACUAUGUGCUUAGAAUAUUUCAUAUAAUAUGCAUAAAACUGUGUCUCAAAUCUUGAUAACCAUGUUUGGGGAUACCACAUUUUGCGGAUACGGCAUCUGCAGGAUCCACACCCCCCCCCCCCAACAUAUAGUGACUAUGGUCCGCUCAUCUUUAAACCAUGUCCGUUUUAUUGCUGGACUAAAAACUGUGGCAGACCAGGAUACAGGCCAAAAAUGAGGCGACCGGAGUCACUGACCACACUCCAAAUGUGUGUGUGUGUGUGUGUGUGUGUAUGGGCAGGGCUUUAUUACUUUCCCCACAGCAUAUAAAUAAAAACUAAACCUUUACUUACCUCCAGUGUGACUGCGGUGUACUGCUCUGGUCCCCGGCUGCGAUCCGCUUCCUCCCAGAAAUCGUGAUCCUGGGGCCGGGAGUGACGUUGGGGCCCAAAGUGUCAUAUUGCCCCUCAGCCAAUCUGAGGCGGGACAUCGCCGUGACUUUGACUGGCUGAGCAGCAGUUUAACUUUUCUCACUUAGCCUAUAAAAGCCAUAUACCCCAGUCCCCUCACACUCGUCCCCAUCCUGCUGGAUAACCUCUUUAAAGGGGUACUCCGCCCCUAGACAUCUUAUCCCCUAUCCAAAGGAUAGA